AUGCCUGACUUUGCAAACAUGAGCAAAAACGGGAUGCUGACCAAAAUCCACACACGAAUAAGAAGCGACCCCUUCACGGCGAAUUACGACUUGGCUGGAAAAGAGCUGGGCAGGGGAAAGUUUGCGGUGGUGAAAAAGUGCAUCGAGAAGUCAACGGGGAAGCAGUACGCCGCCAAGUUCCUGCGGCUGCGGCGGAAAGGCGAGGACUGCCGUAAAGACAUCCUGAACGAGAUCGCGGUGCUGGAAUCGGCCAAACUCAACCCCUACGUGGUGGCCCUGCACGAGGUCUACGAGACGAGCCACGAUAUUGUGCUGGUGCUGGAGUGUGCCGCCGGUGGAGAAAUCUUCAACCAGUGCGUUGGCGACAGCGACGAGGCGUUCACGGAGGAGGACGUGAUCCGACUCGUGAAGCAGAUCCUGAACGGCGUGGCUUUCCUGCACAGAAACAACGUGGUGCAUUUAGAUCUGAAGCCACAGAACAUCCUCUUGACGAGCGCCAGGCCUCUGGGAGACAUCCGGAUCGUGGACUUCGGUCUGUCUAGACGCAUGGACAGCAUCACGGAGGUCAGGGAGAUCUUGGGGACGCCGGAGUACGUAGCGCCAGAGAUCCUCAACUAUGAACCCAUCAGCACGGCGACCGACAUGUGGAGUAUCGGCGUCCUCGUCUACUUCAUGCUGACGGGAGAUUCUCCGUUUCUGGGCGACAACAAACAAGAGACCUUCCUCAACAUUUCCCAAAUCAGCGUGGAUUAUUCAGAGGAGACGUUCGAAGGCAUCUCACCGCUCGCCGUGGACUUCAUCAAAACGCUACUGGUCAAAAACCCCAGGGUUCGUGCCACAGCAGAGGAGUGCCUGACCCACCCCUGGCUCUGCCCUGUGUCCCGCCCUCACCUCCUCACCACCUCCUCCUCAUCUUCCUCCUCCUCCCAUUGCUCCUCUCUGGACGAACCCGAAACCAGCCAAUCAGAGUCAGAGCCCGAAAGCCCCGCCCCCUCCCCGGAAAUGGCCGUCAUAGAAACCUACGCGCUUCUCUGUCCGGGCAAAAGCGAACUGAAAACGGGACGCGCCGCCUUCUCCUUCAGCGAAUCUCCGUUCCCAACUCGACCGGAGAUCAAGCAAGAACUCAUCUGUUGA